AUGCACGAUCCUCGUGAACCACACUUCAAUGCAUUGAAGCGGAUUCUCCGGUAUGUCAAAGGUACCAUAUCUCAUGGCCUCCACAUCUACCGUUCCUCUCCUCUCACGCUUACGGCAUACUCAGACGAUGAUUGGGCUGGCUGUCCCAACUCGCGACGCUCUACUUCCGGAUAUUGUGUCUUCCUCGGUGACAAUCUUCUGUCAUGGUCAUCCAAACGCCAAGCCACAGUCUCACGCUCAAGUGCAGAGGCCGAGUAUCGCGGCGUCGCUAACGCUGUUGCCGAAACAGUCUCACGCUCAAGUGCAGAGGCCGAGUAUCGCGGCGUCGCUAACGCUGUUGCCGAAACUACGUUCCUCCGCAAUCUCCUUCUUGAAAUGAAGAUCACCAUCCCUCGUGCCACGAUCGUCUAUUGUGACAAUGUCAGUGCCAUCUACCUCUCUACCAAUCCAGUUCAACAUCAGCGCACCAAACAUGUCGAGAUAGACAUCCAUUUUGUUCGAGAAAGAGUUGCCAUUGGUGAAGUCAAAGUUCUCCAUGUUCCAUCAGCACGACAAAUUGCAGACGUCUUCACCAAAGGCCUCCCGUCGGCCCUGUUUCAGGAGUUCAAGAACAGUCUCAGCAUCCGUUCUCCUCGACGCUAA